GCGUGACAUUUUAUAAAUUCACACUCGAUGAUAUUGUUUACUUUACACGAUGGUGUGGCAUUACAAGUUCCCUUCACAGAGCUACUUUGUUUUUCUACAAAAAAAUGGGCAGAGAAAAUAUAUUUCCACGCCUUUCCCAUUUCAUCUCUGAUCGGAACUUAAACUAGUUACUGAAAUGAUAUCAGUUUGUGCCCAGUUAUCACAGAGAGCAAAAUAAAAUAAUUCAAAUGCAUAAACAAUUUUUGAUAAGUGUAUGUGCGCUAUCACUAUGUUCUUUUUAUGUAAUAGUAAACUUUCUGGAUAGCAGUUGCUAUAAAAUCGCAUGCAAGUAAUGGUCAUUUUUAUUAAGUUUGUACGUGAAUUUAAUCAAUCAUGUCCGCGGGACACUGAACUGAGUUUGAAAAUGUGUGUUAUAAAGUUGGUUUUUUUUCAACCCCGCAGUAUAAAUAUUGCUUUAAAAGCUCUCGUAAAAUUAACAUAUGUAUCUGGGGUAAUCUUCACGGCGCAGCUAUUUACCAAACACGGUUAUUUAGUUGAGAAAUUGUAAAUGGAGAAAUAGAGUUGGAGUACUAUAUCUUUACCCACAGUGCCUUCUCUCGGCCGUAAAAAUAAACAGGGCGAAUUUUCUCGGUGCAAAUGUCAUUUUGUUUUUUAUAUACAUUUUUGUCUAAGAAUUUUAUAUUGCAGUGCAAAAACAAUCAACAAAAAGUCCUUAAAAGCAGGCGUGUUGGAGUUCACUACUUCUGACAACUUUAUUUAACCGGAAAUCACGUAACGUGUUAUUAUUGCAAUCUGUCAAUUUCCCCCUCCCGCUUCAAGUGCACUCGUUUUUUGGACAAAUUAAUGGUUCUGUCCAAAAAAUUCAUGGAAAUUUACCCCCCGAAACAAAGUGGGUAAAAAUAUUGCAUUUUGUGUCUGUAGCAUGGUUUUUUAUUGGUUAGUAAAAAAAAAGUACGCCAAAAUUUUCUCACGAUUGCCGAAAUAAUGAUGGACUGAACAAAUUCGAAGACAACCAAUCACAUUGUAGGAUUUUUUGAGACGCAUGAUAAAAAUACAGGGGCUUUGAUAUUAUGAGAAAUACACUGUGAAAAAAAAGUAUAUAUUGCGAGGACAAUUUGAAAUUACCCUUGUGAGAAAUGUUAAUUAUUGACGAUAUUGUUUUUUUGUUUCCAGACUCAUCAGUCCCCGCAGUAAUUAGUUUUAAAAUUUAAUUCCAAAUAACAAAGAAGGCGGAGUUCAGUUACCACGGAGACGUUUAACAUGGCUAUUAAUGGGCUGGGUAGGAAAGCGUGUUAUGUCAAUAUCGUUUACUUUUAGAAAACUUUUAAUUAGAGGGUAAUUAAUUUUCCACUCGAAAAACCUAAAAACGGGUUACUUGACGGAGUUUACCGUUCACGCGAAUGACAAUGGCUUUUAAAUAAAUUACAGGAUAAUAAAAAUAACUUUUUUUCAAAGAUUUUUGAGAAGACUGUCGGGCUGUAUGAAAAAAUAUCUUAGUAAAUUAAUAUCAACCUAAAAUACAAUGUUAUACAGUUCACGAAUAUUUUCAUUUUUUUUUUUUUUUUUAAUUUUCAAUUCUCCCAUAGUUAAUAUAGUUAACAAAGUGUUUUUUUCUAUUAACUAUGAUUCUCCUUAGGUAAUAGAGUAAUAGAAUUUGUGUUCCUAACCAAUACCGAUUCUCCGUAUCUUAACGGGCUGUUGCGUGGAUUAUUCCGAAAUAGGCACAUGGCUGAAACUGCCAGUAAUGCAUUUUCAGCGCUGUUUACUUGGCUUUUACACCUUUCGGCUGCAUGAUUCUGUUUGAACAUUUAGAGAAAAGGUAAGUUGUUUAAUGCUACCUUUUUACUUUAGCGAUUAUAAAAAAUUAAGAAGGAUCUUUUAUUUAAACUAAAGUUAGAACGCUCUAAACUUUUAAUUUUAUCAAAAAAAAUUUUAUAAGCAACUUUUCUUAGUGCUGAAAUUAUUGAAAAUAAGUAACUUGAAGUGCUGGACCUUGUUGCUAAUUAAAAAAAGUCUACAUUAUGGCGUCUGAAAUAAUGUUCCCUAAAUUCUUGAAAUUGAAUUUUCUAAACUCGCUUUUGUAUUUGACGCUUGCACAACUUUAUUUGUUUUGUUUUUUUUUGGUUAAGUAAGAUUAUAAGUCUCGUUAAAGAGUUUACUGAUUGGUACUUGCUUUUAAAUAUCGGAAUAUCGGAAGCAUUUUGGCGUCACAACUUUGAGUAGCACGCACAAAUGUUUAACUGUUGAUAUACGCACACAAUAACAAUGAUGUCUAUUUCAUCCGAUUAAAACUGUUGCAAAGUGGUUGGUUUGUUAUCUCAAUAGUUGUCAUUUAAAAUCAACUGAUUGGCUGCUCAGAUCGUCGCCAUGGUAAUGAAAUAAAAUGGGCGAACCAAGGUUUCAAUGUGCAGUGUUUAAUUCCAAUCAAUCAUUUAGAUAUUUGUAUUGUUUGUGUAAGUGAGAGUUCUUGCUGUGAAUCACACUUUGAAAGAUAUGUUGAAAAGACGUUCAAAAUAUUCAUCUUAGUCAUUAGCUUAAUUACUCAUCAACUCCCACCGGGUUAAUUAGCGACACAUUGUGGGAGGAGCGACUGAAAGGUACAGACGGAUCUAUAUUAAGACAACAUAAUAUAUUGACAUAUGUGAUAGAUAGUGAGAAUAACAUAAACAGUUUUCACACUGUGAAUGUGCGUUUUUAGUAGCAUCAAAUAUUAACAAGAAAGCUCUCUGCUUUUAUUUGUGGAUAAAGUUACACACUGAAGACGUUUCAAACAGUGUAUUAUUGGAAACUUUACGCUUUUAAAAAAAAAACUAUAAAUUGAAUGGUAUUUGUUUCUUCAAAAAAGAUGAAGAUUUGGGCUUUUAUCUUUUUAAUACCAUACGUUUAUGGUGGUAUGACUGGAAGAGUAUCAAAGUGUGAAGCCAACAGGGCGAUGAUUUGUAAAGGACUGUACAACGAGACACGCUUUCCGAACAAAAAAGAACAUCGCUCACAAGAUGAUGCUAUUUCUGAUUUAAAUCAAUACAAAGCUUUAAUCUCGACAGGCUGUGCGCAGCAUCUACGAUUGUUUUUGUGCGCAACUUUUAUCCCUAUGUGCACAAUCCUUGAAGAGCAUAUUUUGCCGUGCAGAUCUUUAUGUUACGACGUGAAAGGAAAGUGUGAAAAAAUUCUGCUCAAAUAUGUAGGCCUGGAGUGGCCUAACCAACUAGCAUGCGCUCAAUAUCCAGAGACGAGUUCCGGAAAAUUAUGUAUUGGCGACGUAAAACCAACGGAAGCCGCGACGCAAAAAGUUGCUGUCUCUCCAAACAAACGCACCAAGGUUAAUGACAAUCAAGUCAUAACACUGCAAUGUGACAAAACAACAAAAAUCAACUUCAAGAAAAUUAUUCACGACAACAAAGUCUGUACUCGCUCUGUGUCUCAAGAUAUAUUGAGAAAACUCUGCAACUCAGAACAGACUUGUGAAUUUCAACUUAAACAUGUUGCAGAUAAAGUCAAACAGCCUUCUGGUUGUGUGCCAGGAAAAGUUGGAUCGUCCAGUAUAAAAUACACGUGUGUGGCAGAACAUCACAAUAUCAAACAAGUUGUUCUGAAGUAUGGUCAAGACGAAAAUAUUUACUGCAAAAGUCCAUCGAGGCAUAUUUCUAUUCUGGGCGCCGAUUUUAAAGAUGAUACGUGUGUAACUCCGAAUGCUUUUUGCUCGGUUAGUCAGUCCUGUACCGGGAAAAAGAACUGUGUGUUAUGGGCAAAUGAUCAUUAUCUUCCCAGCCAAUGUAAAGGUGAAAAUAUGAAGCUUAGUGUGAGCUACGCAUGCGUGAAAUCCAGCAAUGAAGAGGAAAUGGUGGAGGAAUUUUUAGAUGGAGCAGGAAUAGAACUGAAAUGUGCUGUCGGAAAAUCUCUCUCUAUUGUGAGGGCAGAGUAUGUUUCAUUGUGUCAAUCAAAAGAAAUCCACUGUGCUGUUGAUGUACACUGCGGGAAGAAAAACUCGUGCUUGUUGUUAGAAACAAAUUUAGACUCCGUUAAAUGCAGCGAGGGUAGAAGCAAAGUGCGAAUUCGAUACAUCUGCACUUAGUGUGGAUGUCGAGGUGCUUGCACUUAGUACGUAUUUCGAUACACCUGUACUUAGUAUGUCUUCUUUGAAACAUCUGUACUGUGAUGACGUUUUUCGAUACUUAAGAAAAGUGUGUAACUCAA